AUGACGACAAAGAAUGGCUUCAAUUCUGAGGCCCAAUCGACUAUCCAGGUGCCGGAGGAGAAUAUCCCUGUUCCAGCAGAGGAAACCACGCUAGUUCUCAACGAGCAGACCAACUAUGUGCCGAAGAAAACUAUCAUCAUAAUCUUUUUGGCUUGUUCAACUGUCGAUCUGCUAGCAUUGAUGGAUCAAACGACACUCGCAGCCAGUUUGACCAUUGUAAGUAAAGAUCUCAACGCGAGUUCCGAACGCGCAUGGAUAGCAGGAGCGUACUUCCUGACAUCAACGUCAUUCCAACUUCUUUACGGGCGCCUUUCGGACAUCUGGUCUCGGAAGGUCUUAUUGCUCAUUGGCAUCUUCAUUUUCUUCUUUGGAUCGCUGGCAGCGUCAUUGGCACAGUCAGCCAUGCAGCUGAUCGUCUUCCGGGCGUUCAUGGGUGUGGGUGGUGGUGGCCUGAUGACGAUGGCUCAGCUUAUCAUCUCGGACAUCGUUCCGCUGCGGGAAAGAGGGAAGUAUCAAGGUAUCUUGGGCGCUGUUGUGGCACUGUCGAAUGGAAUCGGACCAAUUGUUGGCGGCGCAAUCGCUUCUCAGAGCCAUGACUCGUGGAGAUGGAUCUUCCGGUUGAAUUUGUUUAUAUCUAUUCUGACAACCGGAUGUGUCGUUUUCUUCAUGCCACUGAGAAAAGUCAAUGGCAACUGGAAACAAAAAGUAGCAGCCAUAGAUUUCUUUGGGGUCUUUCUGGCACUUGCCGGCUCAACACUUCUUGUGCUCUCUUUGACAUGGGCUGGCGGAGAAUACAAAUGGGAGUCGGUUCAGGUCAUUUGUAAUCUGGCAGCUGGCAUAAUCAUCUCAGCAUCCUUCAUCUGUUGGCAAUGGAAAGGCACUACCAUUCCAUUGAUACCGAUGGAAAUCUUCAAAUCGAGAGUCGUCAACGGUGCCUCCCUGACCAUGUUUGUGAACGGCUGGAACUUUCUUGUUCAAAUCUAUUACAUACCCUCGUUUUACCAGUUGGUGUAUGGAUACAGUGCUGUCAAAGCUGCAUCGCUGUUGCUGCCUAUCACGCUCACCCAAAUGAUACACUGGACGGGACGAUAUAGGGAGUGCCUGCUCGUGGGAUGGGGGAUUUGGGCAAUUGGUCUUGGACUGAUCUCUACACUCGACAGUCCUUCACUUGCACAGCAAGUAUGCUACGGCCUCCUCGCCGGCCUCGGUUUAGGAAACACAUUGCAGCCGUCGCUCAUUGCUGUGCAGGCGGGCACGGAGCGCAAGCACAUGGCUGUGGUCACUUCAACACGCAACUUUAUCCGUAACCUCGGUGGCACCCUUGGUCUGGCAAUCUCAGGCACGAUCAUCAACAACUCGGUCCGCUCAUCUCUAGAAUCAUUCAGCUUGAACAUUUCGCAGAUGUCACUUGCUCUCGAUUCGCCAGAUCUCUUUCGCCAUACGUUUGGAACGCAGCGUGCGGAAUUGGUCCGGAUUGCGCUUGCAUCAGCCUACAAGAGAGGUUUCCGUAUCAUUUUUAUCGUCGGCGCAGCAUUGAAUGCACUUGCCUUUGUCGCAGCUUGGUUUCUCAUGCCCCAGGUGGAGCUGAAUAGAGAGGACGAUGCUCAAUUGAAGGAAGAAGGAAAGAGAAGAGAGGAAGCUAAACAUGAGAAGUCAUCUUCAGCUUAG